UCAGGGGGGACCCGUCGGGAUCCCGCUCCUUCGCCCACACCGAGGGGCGCAGCCGCGCUUCCCCGCAGCGGCUCCCGGCGCCCCGGGAACUACUAUCAUGGACAGGACCGCCGUGGCCAAGAUGGGAGCGGUGGCGAGCGCCAGCGUGUGCGCGCUGGUGGGCGGGGUGGUGCUGGCGCAGUACAUCUUCACCAUGAAGAAGAAGACGGCCUGCAUGCAAGCCCUGCAUCUCUGGACUCUGCUUGCCACCUAUGCUGUUGCAGUAGGACAAAAUCAAGGACAGAAGAAUCAGGAGUGCCCUAAGCUCAACGCACAGAUGCCGGAAUUUCAGAAGAAGACUGUCCAUAUUAAGGAUCCAGCAAGAGUAGAGGAGAUUAUUUGUGGCCUCAUCAAAGGUGGAGCUGCCAAACUUCAGAUUAUUACAGAUUUUGAUAUGACAUUAAGUAGAUUUUCCUACAAUGGAAAAAGAUGUCCAACUUGUCAUAACAUCAUUGAUAACUCUAAGAUCAUCACAGAUGAAUGUCGGAAAAAGUUACUUCAGCUGAAAGAAACUUACUAUGCCAUUGAAAUUGAUCCAGCUCUCACCAUUGAAGAGAAAUACCCAUAUAUGGUAGAAUGGUACCAUAAAUCUCACGCACUACUCAUUGAACAAGGCUUACAGAAGGACAAGUUUGCAGAAAUUGUAAGGGAAUCUGAUGUUAUGCUGAAAGAAGGGUAUGAGAACUUCUUUGAUAAGCUCAGUGAACAUAAUAUUCCUGUGUUCAUAUUUUCUGCUGGGAUUGGUGACAUUCUUGAGGAAGUAAUCCACCAGGCUGGGGUCUACCAUUCUAAUGUCAAAGUGGUUUCCAAUUUCAUGGAUUUUGAUGAAAAUGGAAUAUUAAAAGGAUUUAAAGGAGAAUUGAUUCAUGUUUACAACAAACAUGAUGGUGCCUUGAAGAACACAGAGUACUUCAAACAGCUAAAAGACAACAGCAAUAUCAUACUGCUGGGUGAUUCUCAAGGAGACUUGAGUAUGGCAGAUGGAGUAGCAAAUGUUGAGCACAUUCUUAAGAUUGGCUAUCUCAAUGAUAAAGUAGAUGAGCUUUUGGAAAAAUACAUGGACUCUUAUGAUAUUGUCUUGGUGAAAGAUGAAUCCCUGGAAGUUGCCAACUCCAUUCUACAGAAAAUCCUGUAAAUUGCAGUCUCAAGUCACUCCAUUUCUUCCAGGAGACAACUGGACAGAAGAGCACACAUGUGCUAUCUUAGAUGUGUUUAUUAUUCAUUUAUGGAACUGUUUGAUUUAAUUUAAAACUUUUAUCUUCAUUUUGGUAUUAUGGAAUAUAUAUUGUAUCAAUUAUCAACUACAAGCUCCUUUUACUGCUCUUACACUGUUCUUUAUUGUCUCACACUCCUGUUAUAACAAGAUCUAAAUUGGAUUUAUAGAUGUGAUAAACUGCUGCUGAUGGGAUACUGUGGUUCACUGUCCUUUUUAAUCAGGCAUUUCGGAGCAGCAUUUAGAAAACGUGGCUAUUUUGUAAAAUUGAAGGUGUAAAUGCUCUGUAAGGAGACUGUGCAUUUGUUGCCUUUUCAAAGACAUUUUGGUCUCAGCUGUACUUUGAAGGAUCUUACUCAUAUGCUACAUAAUUUCACACAAAAGUUUUUCAUACAUAUAUUUUUCAUCAGUAAAAAUGCUUUUAUUCACCCAA